CGUGAAUUGAGGGUCAAUUCGUCAGGCUUUCCUCAUGCCCCCAUUUCUAUACGUGCCGGAUAACUAGUCCUCCAUAAAGCCUUGGUUCGGGGACUUCUUAGUGUGGAUCCAAGCUGACAGUCAGUCGACUUCAUAUAUCGUGAUAUACGAGAGACUUCAAGCAUUAUUUAAAUAUUCUCCGUUGACGGGCACAUAGUUUCGGGUUUUCGUACUGGAGGAGGGAAACAUGGCAGUGAAUAACGAGCAACGACGGAUGCAGCACAUCGAGCGCAAAGAUCUAUAUACAAACCUGGAGGCGCGGAUACAAUAUCUUCACAACUUCCUUGAUUUCAAUUCCAAUGAUAUCGAGGCACUGAUCUCCGGCUCUAAAUAUAUCAAAGCUCUCAUCCCUGCCGUUGUCAAUAUCGUUUAUAAAAAGCUCUUGCAAUAUGAUGUCACCGCGCGAGCAUUCCAGACAAGGAGUACGAGCUUUGAGGGGCCAUUAGAUGAAGAGCCGGACGAAAACAGCCCACAGAUUCUGCAUCGAAAGAUGUUUCUAAGAGGGUAUUUGAACCGAUUAUGUUCAGAUCCCAGUAAGAUGGAAUUCUGGGAGUAUCUGGAUAAAGUCGGCAUGAUGCACGUCGGUCGGGGUCGCAAGCAUCCGUUACACAUUGAAUUCGUUCACAUCGGCGCGAAUCUCGGUUUCAUUCAGAAUGUUCUCACGGAAGCACUUCUCUCCCACCCACGACUUCCGCUCCCUCGCAAAAUAGCGCUCGUCAGCGCCAUCGGGAAGGUGAUCUGGGUACAGAACGAUCUCUUCGCAAAAUGGUAUGUGCGAGAUGGAGACGAAUUCGCGGACCAGAUGGAAGAAGUCGCCAUAGAACGUGAGGGUUACUUACAUGGGAAGAAAAUGAUUGUUAGUGAGGGAUCGGAAAGUGAGACGGAUGGGGACCCAGCUGCGCCGGCCACGUGUCCGUUUACUGGUGCAAGGAACGGUGCUUCGGAGCGAUAUGACGCUGUGAAAGAGCAGCCGCCGUCUGAACUGCCUGGUUGAGACGAGAGAAGGUAGCCAAGCGGACAGGAUGAACAAUGUAUGAUUAGUCAGCUACAGAUAGCAUGUCGGAGUCCCAAUGGAGUUAAACCGUAUUCCUUCAUGA